UUGAACUCGGCCACUCGGCCAGGAUCUGUACUCUGUACUGUACGUUGCACUCACGCAAGAGGAAGAGGCUCACUCCCCGCGCUUCCGAUGCAUACCGUGGUCGAUCUGGGGACGCGGGCCCCUUGGGGGUCGACGGGUCGACGGUCGGCAUAUUGUCUCUCGCCCUUGUCACCUCCCCAUCCCCAGGUUUCCACGGGCUUCCUUCCAAUCGCGCCCUCUUUUCUCGAGAAUAUCACAGCCUCGUCAGGUCUUGCUUGUUCCACCUUCGCGACCAAAAAUACACCAUCAAUCAAAACUGGUCAACAUGUCGGCUACAGUGACAGAGAACUCCGUAACGUCGACGAUCCAACGGGACUACCUCCACGACUACCAGAUCCGCCUCACAGGAGGAGUCGAGGAAGCCUUCGCCAGAGGCAACGAAGACGCGGCGUCGCCAACGGCCGAGUACCCACCCGGCUGGUACGACCAGCACCGCCAGGUGCCUCCAUACAGACCCGCGAACAGGAAUUUGGAUAUUGCGGACAGGCCGUGGGGUUCGAACGGCAUCGAAUCGGCAUUCGUCUACGUCAUGUUGAACGGGUGCUGGCUUCAAGGAGUCACCAACUGGCUGUGGAGGUCGACGGGCGGGAGAGUGAAUAGGGACUACUUUAGGUUCAAAGUUGGCGGCGAGAUCUGAUGCUUGGAGCGUUGAGGUUCAUGGAUGGUCAGCAUCCGGAUGGCGGUACUGAACAACACCCCCUGUGUACAUUUACUUAGCCUCUACGGGCCGACAGUGAUUUGCCCAAGGGCCAAUGUGUACGCGGAUUCGUUUGUUUGAUUACUUACUCAGGUUGGCGAGGCUAAGGCCGCGGGGGUU